AUGCCUGCAUCCAGGGCCUGCAUCCCCGAGGGCAGCACGGAGCUGUAUGCUGAAAAGGUGUCCACGAGAGGCCUAUAUGCCAUUGCCCAGGCAGAAUCCCAGCGCUACAAACUGCUGGGAGGGCUUGCUGUGCGGAGGGCCUGCUAUGGCGUGCUGCGCUUCAUCAUGGAGAGCAGAGCCAAAGGCUGUGAGGUCAUGGUCUCUGGAAAGCUCCGAGGACAAAGGACCAAGUCCAUGAAGUUUGUGGAUGGCCUGAUGAUCCACAGUGGGGACCCCAUGAACUAUCAUGUCGACACAGCCGUUCGCCACGUGCUGCUCAGACAGGGUGUUCUGGGCAUCAAAGUGAAGAUCAUGCUGCCCUGGGACCCAAGUGGCAAGAUUGGUCCUAAGAAGCCCAUGCCUAAACCCAUGCCUGACCACGUGAGCAUUGUGGAACCCAAACAUGAGAUCCUGCCAACCACCCCCAUCUCAGAGCAGACGGGUGGGAAGCCAGAGCCGCCUGCUAUGCCCCAGCCAGUCCCCACAGCUUAACAGGGUCUCCUUGGCAGCUGUAUGGCAUUUGGAUGAUACUUUGUAAAAAAUCUUUAAUAAA